AUGGCACCCUUGUUGAAAUGGGCAAGAUGUCUUCUCCGCCGCUCCCCGUUGCGCCCUUUACAGUUUCCCGCAACGGGCUUUGAGGUAGUUCCCGAAACUGAGCUGCUCGAGGAAGAAAACUACAAGGAGUUCAAGGCCGGCAACUACUGUCCAGUGAAUAUCGGCGAUGUAUAUGCCUCCAAUACGUACCAGGUCCUUGGCAAGCUUGGGUUUGGAUCAACGUCAACGGUUUGGCUCGCCCGUAACCUGCAUAAUCGCGGAUAUUUUGCCUUGAAAGUGUUCAAGCGAAACCAUUACGAUACGUGUAAAAAUGAGUUUCAAAUGUACGACUCUAUAGAGAAGGCGAAUCCUUCUCAUCCCGGACAUGGACAUGUCAGAACUGCCGUGGGUAUGUUUACCAUGGAGCGGCAAGGCCAAUGCUAUCCGUGUCUCGUCCAGCCGCCGAUGUGGGAUAGCUGGAAAGACCUUCUUUAUCGAAAUCCAAGUGACCGGUUCUCUGUAGCACUUCUAAAGGGAGGACUUCGACAUCUUCUCCUGGCCCUCGACUACCUACACACAGAGUGUAAACUCGUCCAUACAGAUAUAAAAGCGGAUAAUAUACUUCACGCGAUCGCUGAUAAGAGAAUCCUCGAGUCCUUCGUCAAGGACGAGAUGGAAUCACCCUCUCCGCGCAAAUUCGUCAACAACACCCCUAUUUACAUGUCUAGACGGUCACCCGAAGUGAUGCUCAAGGCUGCAUGGAGCUACCCGAUCGAUGUAUGGAACGUAGGGGCCAUGAUCUGGGAUGUAUUUGAGGGUGGCCACUUAUUCCACGGUCUGGAUCCCAGCCCAGAAAAGGGCUACUACACAACCAGGGCGCAUCUUGCCGAAAUUAUCGGGCUUCUUGGUCCACCGCCCCUGGAUCUUCUCCAGCGGGGGACCCGAAGCGGAGAGUUCUUCUCGGAAGACGGCCAAUGGAUUGCGGAUUGCCCUAUUCCUCAGGGUAAUAGCCUGGAAAAGGCGGAGCUUGUUCUCGCCGGGAGGAACAAGGAAAUGUUCCUAAAUUUUAUAAAGGGGAUGCUAACGUGGCGGCCGGAGGACCGAAAAACUCCAAAACAGCUGCUCGACGACCCUUGGCUACAAUCUUGGGAGAUAUCCGAUUAG